CGCUCGGGGACUGCGUGUUGGAUGUCAUGCUGCCUGAGAUACAGACAUAAGUAACACCAUCGCCUGCACGACGACGACUACAACGACAAGCCCUCUUCCUCCUCGACGGUAGUGCUUGUGUUCUUGGCGGCACCAAUCACUUAGCGUGAGGCUAAGAACGGGCGAGCGGACCAACACGCUCGCUGCUUACGCACCUCGCGCGUGGAGGGUUGCCUCUGUAAGCGCGCGCACGCUGAGCAGCAGCAAGAAAUCCCACCAAUCAAGCACCGCUACUUUUUGUACAACGGACACAGCAGCAGCAGCAGCCGUGCGUGAACAGGAAAUAGGAUCCGCGCGAUGGUGUCGCCUGUGCUCCCGACGCCUGGGUCGGACCAUGAGGCCAGCAGCGCGGGAAACACAAUGUCCGGCGCGGCGGCGGCGUCGGCGGCGUCAGGCAGCAGUAGUGCGACUGCAGGCAGCGUGAGGAUGGGGCUGCCACGGCAGCGAUCCAAGGGGCAGAUUGCGAGGCGGCACAGCAUCACGAGGGGCACGAGUGCGGCGGGCGCGGGAGAGUCGGGCGGGCGACGAGCCAGGAGCGCAGGGUCGGGCGCAGGCGCAGGCGCAGGCGCAAGAAAGGGAAAGGCAAGAGGCAGGAAGCGCGGGGUUGCGACAGAUGUGGGAGCGAGCGGGGAACAUUUGCCAGCGGAAGACGGCGAGGAGAAGGAAGAGGAAGAGGACGACGACGAUGAUGCAAUCGAGGACGACGAGGACGAGGACGACGAAGAGUGCAAGACGGGAGGCGGGGCUGGUGAGCAGCCAGUAAUGACCGAGGCGAGUCAGCAUGCUGUAGAGGGGGAUGCUCCCAUCCUGGCGGCAAGUGAACCGGCAGCAAUACAGCCAACGAACAAGAGAGCAAUGACUUCUGCUUUGCGAGAAAGAGAGGCUCAGCUCCAACGGCAGGAACCACCAGCAAAGAGGAAGGAGAUGAAGAAGAGGAGGAGGCGACGGCAGCAGCAGCCACCCACAGAAAAUCCCUGGUUGGGCGGACUUUUCUUUACCGAUCUCAUCUUCAUCGCAUUCACCUAUGCGAUCAAUCUCCUGAGAACCUGCGGUCUCGCCGAGCUCUUUGAUGUCGUAUUCACGGGCCUCGUCUACGUAGUCUUUUCGCUCCCUCGAGACCUCUAUCAUCGAUGGACGCUCAGUUUCGCCCCGCCAUCGGCUUUUGCGUCGGAGCAGAGGCGAUCGAGGAGGAACCAUGACAAGGCGCGAAAGAGCGAGAGGAAGCGCGACCCAGUGCAGAUCGCCAAGCAGCAGCAGAGGCAAGCAGCCAAAAGCAAGGCUGAGGGUGCCGCUCCUGCUCCUCCGUCUUCCAAGGGUACAGCGACGGAAGCAGGCCUGCUUUCUCGCUCGCAGCUCUCGCCCUUCCACCACCUCAUCGUCCUCGUGGCGCGCUUUGCAUGCGCCAACUUUCCCCACCUCCUCCCUCGCGUCCUCUUUGCCGAAGAGACCAUCGGCCCGUUCGUUUACUGGCGCACCGGCGGAGGGUCAAACACCAUGGUCCAAGAGUUCACUGACCUGCACGAUCUUGGCCGUCGAAGACAGCUGCCCGCGAGUACCGGCGGGUCCUCGUCUCAAGAGCAGAGCGAGGACGAAGGCGAGGUCGGGGGAGGCUUCAAGGCCUACCUGCUCAGCACCGACGCACGCAUGCCAAUAGAGGUGCAACGAGCCAACGUGGCCUCGAGAAAGGCCACAACGCUCCUCUAUCUCCACGGUGGCGGUUUCAGUCUGGGCAGCGUCGCCUUCUACGCAGAGGCUCUGCUCCGACUGCGGGCCAAGAUCGCGGCCAUCGAGGCCAACAACGGCGUCCUGGCCAGGGACAUGGCCGAGCCGAGAUGUGUGGCGGUGGAAUACGACCUGAGCCCCACUGCUCGAUUCCCUACACCGCUGCUACAAUGCCUCCGGUGCUAUGCGCACCUGAUCGAGGUCGAGCACAUCGACCCCGAAAGCAUCUGUCUUGCCGGCGACUCGGCGGGUGGCAACCUGGCCAUGGGCAUGCUUCUCUGCCUCGGCGGACGCAUCGGCUUCGAGAACGGCGAGGGCGUCAUGAAGGAGAGGGACUGGAGUCAGCUGCCCAUGCCCGGAAAGGCCGUCCUCAUCAGCCCCUGGGUCGAUCUGCGGCCGAGACAAUCGAUUGCGUUCCGUCAGCUCCGGCAGCAGCAGCAGCAGUUGAAGCAGCAGCAACCUACCACGGAAGGCUCGUCGAAAGAGGGGUCGUCAAAAGACCAGGGCACAAAUAAAGCAGGAGAAGAGCAAGAUGAUGGCUGGACAGAGGCUGUCGCAGCUUACGAGUGGGACUACGUCGCCAGUGAGUCACUGUUGCAUUUUGCGCAAGUCUAUGCCGGCAUUCUCGAGGCACCUCGCCGUGUGAGGGGCCCACUGGGGUGGAUCGCACAUGUCUGUGGUGUCUUUGCCGACGAGCAGGAACGGCCGAUGGCUGAGGACGCGGCCGAGCGGAAACGUCUCGCGGAAAAGAAGAUCCCAAGCAAGCAGGCUGCGUCCACAAAAUUCGUCUUGGACCCGCGAAGGGCAUUGGCGGCGGCAUUGGCCAGGCCUUCAGCAAAGCUGGCUCGGGCAGCCCACGAUGCGCUGAGUGAGCCGUUGCUCUCGAAGCUCUUGAAGACGGCCACGCCGCCCACCACUGGCCCUUCUUCUACUUCGGCGGCUGUCGUUCCUGCGUCUGAGCCGUCUGCUUUCGAGCCAUUGUUCACCUCGUCGGAGAGGAGGACAGACUUGGUAGCCGACACUAGCGGUCUUUACAACGACGACCACUUUCAACCGUCCAGCGAUUUCAACGACGAGAGCGGAGAGCGGCAAAGGGCACGGCGCUGGCUGGAGAGUCAUCCCCUUCUCAGCCCCACAGUGGCCGACUGGAGCUCGAUCCAGCUCAAGUACGGCUGUCUGGUCACCUGGGGAGAACGCGAGAGAAUGGCUGAUGAUAUUGAGCUGUGGGUCAAGCGGACGAGAAGGAGCACUGCGAAGGGUGCAGCAGGGAGAGAAGCCAAGGGAAAGAGUCGAGAACAAAGGGCAAGCACGCCCACGAUGCAGGAAGAAGAGGAAGGGGCCAAAGUCACAAAGGAUGCUGGUAGCGUUCGUGAUGACGAGCCAAUUCCCAACGUCGGCCAGUCGAGCCUUCCAAGGCCGACGAAGGAGAGGCCAUCUUCACCUUCUUCGCUCACCUCCUCACCCUCCUCUUCCUCUCUUUCUUCGCUGGCUGAAGGCCAUGACGAGGGCGAGUUCAUCUUCAGCGCCAUCGAGAGGGGACCGGGCGGCGUGCACGCCUGGCCGUUCGUGUCCAUGUACUUGGCGGGAAGCGAGAGCGAGCGAGAAAAGGGCCUCGACCUUGUCGCUCGCUUCACUGCAAAGACGGUCGAUAAGCAUUCGCUGCCGGGCAUCGACGCGCUUGGGGCUCGCCCAGCCACGCGAGCCGGCGAGGGUGAAGAGGAUGACGAGGACGACGUUGGGUCUGUAGGGUCGAUGCCUUCCGAUGUGGACCUUCAUGGGUUUGUAGUCGAUGAAGAUGGAGGCAACGCGGACGCAGCGGAAUUUGAGCUCGAUCAGGCGUUCCUCGACGAUGACUUGCAGGAUAUCGAGAGCAGCGACCUCGUCGUCAAUAUCGCAGACGCCGUCAAGCGGGCCAAAGAGCUCGGCAUCGGCCUUUCGGACGAGGAUGAGCAAGAGGAAGAAGCGGCCAAGGCUAAACGAGCAAAGACCGAAAACAAGAGGCGACGGCUAGCACAGGAGGAGCAAAGACUCAAGCAGCAGCAGCAGCAACAGCAGCAAGCUGCGUUGCUGGCCAAGAUGGAGGCUGAUCAGGCCGCUCGCCAACGCCAGCACCUGCAGCAGACGCGCUUCGAGGCCAGACAACGCGGUCGGUCUCGGUCGCCCAGAAGGACCGCCGCCGCUGCGGCUGGCCUGACACCCUCGCCAUCAGAAUCGCCAACCUCGCCUUUUGCGCCCGUCAUCACUACCCCAAAGGGCACCGCAUCCGCACGCCAACCCGGAAGCGACAGUUUCUUCCCACCUGUUCAGCUUCAUAUGCCGAGCCAUGUUGCGCCAAUUCAGCAUCAUGCUCAGCAGCAGCAGCAGCAGCAGCAGCAGCAGCAGCAACAGACGCAGCAGUCUCCGCGAUCCACUCAGCGUCACUUACACGAACAGCAAGGACCGCUGAGUCUCGAUGCUCUUGCAACGCAAACUGCUGCCGGCUCGUCGUCAAUGGACGUUUCGCAACUUGGCGGCGAAAAUCAGCGCCAGCGAGGGACACCAGCACAACAUGAGCAGCAGCGGCAGCCCCUCUUCUGGUCGUCCUCGGAAGGAUCAGGUCCACCGCAUCUGUCCGACGAGGAGCAAGAGGACGAGUACCAGGGCGCAGACGUCGAAGAAGACUUUGGUGCAGACGACUCGGAACCGAGAUUGUCGGACAUUCCAGAAGGAUCCGAGGACGCACUCUCUCCCGAUGUUUCUCUCUCUUCACCUCAGCCUUUUGACGAAGAGGAAGAGGAGGAAGAAGGGGAUGAGGCAGUAGCAGAGGCAUCGGGACGAGUAGGCCAGGGGCUUGACAUUGGCUACUAUGGACUGUCGCAGUACAAUUCCAUGAUGCGGCGACAUGCAGAGCCCGAAGGUCUCAGCGACAUUGCAGAGGAAGAGAGCAACCUCAGCGCGAGCAUCACAUCUGCGGGAGCGGCAUCGCCACCGGGCCGAAAUCUCUCGCCUGUCCGGGGCAGCGCAUAUCAGCCGCAGAGCUUGAGCGCGGCGGUGCUGAUGAGGGAGCAGGAGUGGAAAGCGAGUCUGGAGAGGAUCGCGAGUGCUCAACAAGCGAUUGGUCGACGAGAGGCGGAAGAGGCUGGAGGGGACGACACCGAGGGUGACGACGUGGACGAGGAAGGAGACGGUGGAGAAGAUGUGUUUGCAACGUCUCCACCCAGUGGUGCUCAGCCCGGUCCCUCGAUUCCGCUCGUCGGUGCUUCUCCCAAACUUACUUCGAAGCGGUCACAAGAGCUGGAGAGAGCAGAGGAAGAAGGGCAGGACGACGGCACGAUGAGUCAAUCGUCUUCGUCGAGCACCAUUACGCGCAAGAAGCCGAAGGGCGAUGUCUGGUGGUGAUCUAGUUUGUUUGUGUGUGUGUUUGUUUCCAGCUUCGUGUCAUUUUUAAUACCUAUGGUUCAUGAUCUCGUCC